AUGCACCCCCUUUGCAAACCUAUAUCGUCGGCUGCGUCGGGACCGGCCGCCGGUAGCCUGGAAAAUGCCAUCGAGUGCUUGCCCGGCACGAGAGAAGGCCUCCUGGACGGUCCGGAACCGGAAUGGCUCAAAUCCGAAGAAUCCAGCGGUCUCGGGCACCGCGGUGAGAUUGCCUACUGGUCCGGGGUCAACAUGGCGACUCAGUACCCCAGCGCCAUGUCGCUCGAGAGAUUGAUCAACAUCUCGUCCGGAUCAUCCGAACCCCAGCCGAGACCGCUUUCCCCGAACCUGCCGCGGGACAGCGAAGAGCAGCGGAGGCGUUCCCAGGCGGUCCACGAUGCCAUGCGCCUGAUACUCUUCCGCUCUUGGUUGCCGAACGAUUUCGACACCCUGCCCAUGGUGCCGUCGAAGCAGAAUAGCGAUCUGCUGAGAAUUUUUCUCAAACUUCUCUCAAGAUACAAAACAAGUCUCGAUGGAAAUCCGGACCCGAAUAAUCCCGUUGUCAAGUCGUACUUUCCAUUCUGCAUUCAGGAUCCCUUGCUCUUACAGAUCAUACUCUACACUUCGGCGUGCUUCCUGAACGAGACCGGCCACAUGCCAAAGACGGCCGUCAUGGCACACAAGGGCAAAGCGAUUGCCAUGCUGAAUGGCCAACUACGCUCCCACAACUACCAGACGAGUGAUGCGGUUAUUGCGGGCGUAGUCCAGCUCAUCGUGGAUGAGUGGUACUGGGGCGAUACCGAUGAUCUGAGGGCACAUAUGAGAGGGCUGCGGGAGAUGAUUCGUAUACGGGGCCACGACAUUGGGAUUGCCCUUGCUCACGAGAUCCAGCCGUUUCUAGGGAAUGGCAUGGACUACGAUUAUUGCGACUUGACAGUCUUGCCUUUCCGCAUCGCCCACAACACUCCGCUCCUCCCCAACAUUCCAUCCUUCGCAACCUCGGCCGAUGCGCUCGGCUUACAUCCCACCACAGCAUCCAUCCUCGACGAUAUGCGCUUCCUGAUAAACGCCGUUUCUACCACGGCCUCGUGGAUUUACGAACGCAUCCAGAAUCUGCCCGAGGAUUCCCCAGAAACGAAGAAGCGCUUCGAUUACGUAGAGAUUGCGUUCCAGACAAGCCUAGUCGAGCCCCAACAAGCUUCUCCCACUGGCAACUCGUUUGAAGACGAUCGCGCCAAUACCCGGAGUGACGCGGAUAGUAGCAGCUCCGGAAACAACCAGGAGCCCCGCCCCCGCCCCCGCCUCAACCCCAGCCACAAGCGCAACGGGUCGAUCCGACGAAACCUAAAACACAGAGUCCCGCUGACGACCUGGAGGUGCUCCGUCGGCAUCUUCAACUGGGCGAUGCUGGCCAUCAUCCCCGCCUGCCACGGCGGCGCGCACGAGCGCUUCGCCCGCACAAUGUACAUGAUUUCCAUGAUUUCACGCUCGGCGGAGGAUUGGCGAUUAACCUUUGAGGCAUCGAGACCAUCCGUCCUCGCCAGCAAAGAUCUUGCCCUCAAGGCAAUCUACUCGCGUACCCUUUCGACGGCUCAGAAGGCGGCCCAAGGAAUCCCUGCCGAGGCCAACGUUAGCCCAGACCUGUACUCUUCGGACGCCGGCGCGGGCAAGGCUUACGCCGAUCUCCUAGCUCGCCCGGAUAUUGAGGCUGUUAUUGUCUGCAUCAGCAUCCGGGACAGCCCAGUCUACGCCGCGCAGGCGUUGAGCGCAGGCAAGCAUGUUCUAGCCGAGAAACCCAUCGCCGCCAAUGUUGAAGAGGCCAAGAAGCUCAUCGACCAUUGGAAGGGUGUUGUGGCGUCUGGCAAGAACGUCACACUCGGCAUUGCGGAGAACUUUAGGUUCUUCGAGUCGGUCAACUUCGCCACGCAGGAGGCGAGGAAACUCGGAAAGCUCAACGGUUUCCAAGGAAGGAUGUUCGCGCCGACUGCGAACGACAGCAUGUGGAUGUCGUCGGACUGGCGCAAGCAGCCCACCCACCCGGGAGGCUUCGUGCUCGAUGCCGGCAUCCACUUCAUCGCCUAUCUACGGUCAGUCAUCGGACGGGACGACUCGAUCGAGAGCGUGUCGGCCAUCACGGCGCAGGUCCAGCCCCACCUCCAGCCUUUUGACACGCUGCACUGUCUCAUACGCACAAAGGCUGGCGUCGUGGGUUCGCUCUGCAUCUGCAUGGGCUCGCUCUACCUCGGGGGUCAGGAAAUCACAUUCUCCUUUGACAACGGGGCCAUCGUUGCCUGCGAUAACAAGGUGACGGUGAAGGCAGCCGACCUAGAGGCCAAGGCUGAAGGCCGCAAGGAGGUUGAUACGGAGGAGCAAGACUUUGACUUGAAGUACUACGGCGUUCGGGCCGAGGUCCUUGCGUGGGCUGAGGGUCUGGUUUCGGGACAACCGAACCCGGCCCAGGCUGUCGAGGAGGCACUCGCCGAUUUGGAGGUCAUGGAAAAGAUGUUCAAGAGUGGACUGGAAAAUGGGGCUCCACAGAAGCUGGAAUACCAGCUGUAA